AUGUCAACUGCCGCCGUUCAGCCACCAGUCUGUCCACCUCAGCAGAGCCAUGCCAAGCCUACCUCUGCUUCUACAAUCCAUUGCGAUGAUGUCCAACCGAGAUUCGACCCUGAACGUCACCUCCGAUACCAACCCCCGGCAAAACGUCACACCUUUGGUGAAUUUGGACUCGACUCAGAAACGCCACAGACGGACAUGUGCAUUACCGAUCCGUUUGACCUCUUCACAGAGGAGUGUGUCCGUCUUAUGAGGCGAGAACUCUUCCAGCCCGCGGUGUUCAACAAUUAUAUGCAUUCCUGGGCGCGGGCACCCUGUGUAAUCCGUGGCAUUGCCCCAACAGUCGGCCGAUUUAUUUACGAAGCGUGGACACAUCCAGCGACGCUCGAGGUCAUCUCCGAUGCCGCUGGGAUAGACCUGGUUCCAGUGAUGGAUUGGGAGAUCGGGCACACCAACGUCCAAGUUGGGAGGAAGGGUGUCAGUGGGGUGUGGGAGCUUGGGGAGAUUCCAACUCCGGCCUUGUCCGCCGAAGAGGUAUCCAGCCUAGACAAGGAGGACAACGACAAGCUAGUGGAUGACUGGCAUGUCGACAGUUAUCAAUUUGUUUGCGUUGUGAUGCUGUCCGACGCUAGCACAAUGCGCGGCGGCGAGACCGCUAUCGAGACGGGCACCGGCGAUGUAGUCAAGAUGCGAGCGGCGCAUAUGGGAGGCGGAGUCAUUCUACAGGGAGGAUGUACGAAGCAUGCUGCGUUCCGCACGAUUGGGGCCCAUGAACGGGUGACCAUGGUCACUUCAUUUCGUCCCAAGGAUUUGGCGCUGAGGGAUAACUCAACUUUGAGGAAUAUCGGGCCCGAGACGAGUGAUAUGACUGAGGUCCAUUACCAGUUUGCUCAGUACAGGCUCAAACUUGUGCGCGAUAGGGUGGAUGAUUUUCUCAAGCGACUCGCGGAACGGAAGCGGACGCUUGUCGGAGGACAAGAGAUCCUCACAAGAGAAGAGCUGAACGGUUGGGUGGAGCAGCAGGUUGAACAUCUACAGAGUACUGUCUAUGAGAUGUUUGAUAGAGUCAAGGAUACGUGGUAA